AUGAUGCAGACAGGCGCUGAAUUUGUGCUUUCACCCGUUGGUGUGAUUAAAAUAGUUUCACUUCUAUGCAUGAUCGUUAGUGGAAUGAUUUUUAUCACUGCCGGCGAUUGUGUAGAGUCACGCGUUUGGACCGUAACCUACAUCACCAUUACUACCGGUAGUGCGCUCCUCACGAUGAUUUCGUACUCAAGUUUCGCUCUCAACUUAGUGCGAACUGAUCGGGGCCUCAAAACGCAACACAUUACGGUACUAGCGAUGUCAUAUGUUGUGUUCUGUUUCCUCUUGAUCGUAUCGAUCAUUACAAUGACACAAUGUACCCAUUCGGUGCAAGUGAUUCAGAAAAUACCAGAGCCUUUAACUAUGAUCGCUGCUGUACUGCUAGCUAUCAGUGGAACCAUUUUGUUCCUCCGGUGGAAAUCAACGGUUCAAACGGAAGAACUGCAUCUGCAUUCUCAAGAACAUGAACUUCCUGAUGUAAGUACCGAUCCAGGAAUGGCACGAAAGUCUGUAAUGGUUUGAGUUAAGCCUAACGAACAAAAAACAAGCAACAAUUUGAUGUUUAACGUUAGUUGCCGGUUGUUACUUUAUUUGACUUUAAAUCAUUGCAUACAA